UGGUCUUUGGUGGUGAUGUGGAACUUGACGGCCCAACUUCAAACUCGUCAAUCCUGAAAUAAAUCUUCGUGGUCACGUCAAUUCACACAGUUCGCCCAGUUCCAGUUUGUUUCAUCCUUGUCGUCGCAAAUCUGGAACUCGCCCGUUGUGCUCACAUAUCCGCGUUCUUCUUUACUAUACUUAUAAAAAAUGAAGUCGCGGUGGUCGAGUAGUGCUGAAGUUUGGCUUCACUUGAGCCUGAUGUUGGCCUUAUCCGCCUACACGGGAUCCUCCCUCAUGUUCCAACUCCAGCCAAAUGCACAAAAAUGCUUGCGAGAGGAGGUCCACAAGGACGUGUUGGUCUCGGGAGACUAUGAGAUUUCUGAAGUGGCUGGACAAGUGGUGGAUCUUCAUGUGGUGGACUCCAAAGGAGGAUUUCUAGCGAAAAAAGACCAUGCCGAAAAAGGGAGAUUUACUUUCACGACAGACGAGUAUGAAGUUUACGAGAUUUGUUUCAUCUCCAAAGUCCCACACGGCCAACACGGUUUUCCACAGGAGGUUUAUCUCAGCACGAAACACGGAGUUGAAGCAAAGAAUUACGAAGGGUUUGACGAAGCCGCAAAGUUGAAGCCAUUGGAACUGGAGUUGAAACGCUUGGAGGAUUUGUCGCAGUCCAUCGUCGAGGAUUUUGGCUAUAUGAAAGCUCGGGAGGAGGAGAUGCGUGAUACAAACGAGUCCACCAACUCUCGAGUCCUCUACUUUUCCAUAUUUUCCAUGCUCUGUCUCUUAGGUUUGGCGACUUGGCAGGUGCUCUAUCUCAGACAGUAUUUCAAACAGAAGAAGCUCAUCGAGUGAAGACGUUUUACUCAAUUAAUCCAAGUCCAGCUGUCCUGAUAGAAAAAUCUGUUUUUUAUAUAUGUGUGUGUAACCUUUAUCAAUCAGCAUUUAUCCCAAAAACAAAGAGUACUUUUGUCAUGAUAAUAAGGAUAUUGAAUUUCUAAGCAUUUUACAGUCCAAAGGAAAAACAAAAUUAUUGUAUGAAAGUUAACCGUUUGUAUAAUUAUAUUAUUAUUUACCUUAGUGUGAGAUUCGUGUGUGUGGUGUGUGUGAAUAAAUUUGUGAGAGAAAGGCUGUUUGUUUGUGUA